AUGGACGAACAGCACCAACAGGCCAUGCAGGCGCAAAGCCACAACCAGCAGCAGGUCCUCGAGCAGUACCAGCAGCAGGUUUUUCGAGCACCGGACUGGCUACGCGAAACCACCACGGACGCUCCGAUGAGCGACGCACAACCGGCCACAGGGAGUGCUGACCCGGUUACUCCGCUGUUCCAGCCACUGCACUACGACGACUCGUCCUCGCUGGCUUUGACCGCAGCUCAGGUUGGUGUGGACGCCAACAACCAUGAGGCCGUGGAGAAUUGGCUGGACGAGCCCAUCCAGACCCGUCGCUCAGUUUUUGAGACGGUCCGUGCCUACCACGUGGGUGUCAUCAGAGGGGAAAUGUACAACCUCAUUUCCCAGGUUGAAGGGGUCAUCAAGUCCCUAGAUGACCGCCUGCUCCAGCAACAGCAGGAUCUUUUUCUGGCUGACUUCUGA